CCCUUUUUCGGUAAACCGAAAGCAGCAUUUCUAUCAAAACAACUCGUAUAGCUGCCUGGACCGGGGGAGACUUUCCGAAUGGAAAAGUGAUUUGCAUGCGCAUUUCAAAGCUGUGUGCUUUUGUUUUUAUUUUUUUUUUACAACAACAAAUCCACUGGAACGAAUCUUAACGUUUCUGCCUUCACAGCCCUGUGUUAAACUACAGGACGCCCCUUUCAAUAUCAACAAACAAACAAACAAACAAACAAACUUCAGAAACAUGAAGCUGAGGGUGAGAGUGAACAGGCGGACCAGCCGGGUGGAGCUGGAGGGACCCGAUCCGACCCUGACCCAACUCAGCACCCGGGUCAAGGAGGACUUGCUGCCUUCACACGGACUCGGCGCCGAUACAGAGUUCAGUCUGUCUCUGAACGGGGAAGAGCCUCUGACGGACACAGGACAGACCCUCUCGUCAUGCGGCGUGGUGUCAGGGGACAUGAUCAGCGUGAUACUGCCUCGUACCGACUCCUCGGCUUCCUCGCCGUCGCCUUCCUCUCGCCGGACGCAUGCUGUCCCAGCUGUUCAGCAGAACACACCGCAGAUUCCCGCCGGACUAGGUACACACGAGUCAGGCGCCAGCAGCAGCCACCAGAGCGGAGAGAGUGCAUGCGCUCCUGAGACGGACGAGACGGAUAUGGAGAGAGGUGAGGAUGAAGACGAGCCGGUGGGCCUCUUCAUCCCUGAGCCCAUGCUGUGCUGCGAAGCUGAGGAUGGGAAGGUCCCUCACUCUCUCGAAACGCUGUACCAGGCCGCACGCUGCAACAGCGCCUCCGACUGCCUGCUGUUAGCGGUACACGUCUUACUGCUGGAGACCGGCUUCCUGCCACAGGGUUGUGACGUCAGAGCCGGGGAGAUGCCCAGCGGCUGGCGUGUGGCGGGGGGCCUCUACAGGCUGCAGUACUCUCACCCGCUCUGUGAGGACAGCCUGGCUCAGGUGGCUGCUGUGCCGAUGGGCCAAACACUUGUCGUGAACGCCACUCUGAAGACGAGCAGCGCGGUAGAGAGUUCACGGAAGCUGGUACUGAAACCGGACGCGUACGUGACUAAGGAGCGGGCAGGUGGAAACGCCGGAGUGGCCUACAGAGACUUGCCGAAACUGUCUCGUGUUUUUAAGGACCAGUUGGCUUACCCACUCAUUGCAGCAGCUAGAGAAGCACUGGGUCUUCCUGCACUGUUUGGUCUGGCUGCGCUGCCCCCCGAGCUGCUGUUAAGGAUAAUGCGGCUGCUGGACGUGCACUCUCUCCUAAUGCUGUCCGAAGUAUGCAGACAUCUGCACUCCGCUACCCAGGAUGCCUCACUCUGGAAACACCUCCUGCACCGUGACUUCAGAGUGAAUAGUCAAGCCGACACUGAGCACAGAGAUACAGACUGGAAAAAGACGUACAGAAAGCGAUUUAAGCAAAAGAAGGAGCUGGGAAGAUACAGAUCGAGGUGUUACUUCUUUCCAGUUCCCCCAAUUUAUCCUCCUAAUCCAUUACACAUCCCUCCGCUACCGCCUCUCUUCCCGCCCGGCAUCAUCGGAGGAGAGCACGAUCAGAGGCCCCCCAUUCCACAGGGCAUCCUGCCACGCCCACGCUACGACCCCAUCGGCCCGUUUCCAGGUCACGAACCGCGUAUCGGGCUUCCCUUCAGCCGCCGCUUGCUGAGGCUCGGCGGGAGCCGAGCGCCAGACACCAGGAGAGGCUUCAUCUGAAUCCACUUUCCAGAUAGUUCUACGCCGCCCACACUCGCCGUCUCAAAAUCCCGCAAACUCACACCGGCGCUUAACUCCGAUUUGUAUACACGCUCCGGAGACGGGCACGUUUCAUCAUCUCCCUGUCCGGCAUUCCAGAAUAAACUACAUGUAUUUGGACAAUAAGUUAGCAGAGAGAAGUGAAGACGAGACGGAUGACUCCGCUCUCGGAUACAAUUUCUCUGUUUUUUUUUUAAUUUAUGUGAUUAAGAAACUAAAUCUAAUUUGACGGUGUGGGGGUUAUUGGAUAAAAUAAAAUAAACAUGACCAAAAAUGCCUUGUCAGUUUUUUUUCCCCGCACCUACCUUUCAAGCAAAUAAUCAUUUCUAAAAAAUGUUCCUUUUUUCAGUUGUUUAAUUUAAAUAAAUAAA